CGAGAGCAGAAUUGAUCUGAUCAUGAAAGAUUUACAUGAGUCUGGAAUCUGGAUUGGAUUGCCGUCAAUUGGUAAUUAACUCGAAGAUGACAAAAGAAGUUUUUGAGCACUAGAGAGUUAUAGUUGUGAUGCGGCCAUCUCCAGAUUAUAGACUUAUCUAAUGUCCCGGGACAAGGACCCUCACCUAAUUUUGGAGACAAAGAGAUGAGAAAUGAAAAAGGUGUACUCUUGUUCUACGAGCUAGGCACCGUCGAAAGGAAUAUGUUUUGAAAUUCCCAUAACAUCAUAAUAUGGCACAUUGCGAUUGGUACGUUACGAACCAGUGCAUAUAAAAGAAUAUGUGCUUGUAGGUAAGAUAUCUGCAGGAAAAGGUUUAACGAGCUAGAGGCCCAGAGAUCCGAGUCAGUUGGUUGCUGAUUACCUGACUGAUCAUGAAGGAAUCGAGACUGUUGCGGUUGAAAAGUUCUGCGGCUUCUCGACCAACUCGGUUCUAUGUUUUUGCAUAGUUACAUGGAACAUGAAUGGAAGGCUGAUUGGAGAGGAGUGGUCGGGUUGCAGGAUGUUCCAAAGCAUAAUAUUGCAAAUUUGUUGAACGAAUAUCUGAUCGAAACACAUAGAGCUACGAGUGGAUAAGUGUGCCGUUGGGGGUUGCGGCGGUCUAAUUCGUAGAAAGAAAGGAGCUGUUGGUGUUUACAUUGUCAUUAAUAGAAUUCAUAUGGUCUUCAUAUCGUGUCAUCUGUCAGCUCACGCGCAUAAUGUGAAGGAAAGGAACUCGCAAUGGAGGCAUAUCUCCUACUCACUCUUCGCAAAGAACAGAAGCCCAUAUGCUACGGCCUCUCACGUGACGGUGUGGCUCGGGGAUCUUAAUUACAGAUUGCAUGGUAUAAGCACCCUAGCUGCAAGAAGCCUAAUACACAAGAACCUUCAUAGUCUGCUAACUAGUAAGGAUCAGCUUCUACAAGAGGCCGAAAGAGGACAAGUAUUCAGAGGCUACUACUGUGAGGGGACCUUAUCAUUCAAGCCCACAUAUAAGUACAAUGUAGGAAGCAGCAACUAUGACACACAAGCUACAAGGUCAGAGUACCUUUCGUGGACGGAUAGAAUCUUGUUCAAGAUCGACAGCUCGUCCGGGAUCGAUGCGGUGCUGCACUCAUAUGAGUCACAAGAUCAGAGUAGUAGCUCCCACCGCAAGCCAGUGAAAGCUCACCUCUGUUCAAGACUGAACAACUAAUCUGUUGAUGGAAUCCUCUUUCUAUGAAGGCUUGCAGCAGCAGACUGACAGAUUCAAAUAUCUGAGAAGAAAAAAAAUUCAAAUUUUUGCAGUCCAGAAAGUCGAAUCAGAAGCUCAAUCCAAUCACAAUCUGUUUUAAUUUCCUACAAAUAUGUAGAAGUGUAUGACCAAUUUGUGAAGUUUAAUCCUAAAAGACGCGACAAACACUGUUUGAUUCAA